CUUCUCUAACUGAAAGAGACGACCGGAAAAAAAAAAAGAUUCGCUUCUCAUUGCGAAGAAAUUUAUUCGAAAAUGGCGAUAUCUGGGAAUCUAAGGAUCUCUGCGAGCUUAGUAUCUCCUUAUCAUCACCAUCCUAAAUGCCUCCCGUUACCUUCUCCCAAGGUUGAUUUCUCUGGCUUUGUGAGCAAUGGCGUAAACACCUUGGAACCUUAUAAAUCCCCUAGAGUCUCUAUCAUUCAAGGAGACAGUACACGUGGCAAAACGAAGGUAUCAGCAAGAAACAGCGGAGGAGACUACGAACUAUCACCAAGCCCAGGUGAGCUGGAGGUAGAGAGCUUUCUCAUGAACGCAAUCAACAUGAGUUUCUUCGACCGUUUAAACCUAGCGUGGAAGAUCAUAUUCCCUUCCCACGCGUCGAAGAGAAGCUCCAACGCGAGGAUCGCUAAGCAGCGGCUCAAGAUGAUUUUGUUCUCCGACAGGUGUGCGGUUAGCGAUGAAGCUAAGAGGAAGAUUGUUAAUAACGUUGUUCAUGCUUUGUCGGAUUUUGUGGAGAUUGAGUCGGAGGAGAAAGUUCAGCUUAAUGUUGCUACGGAUGGUGAUCUUGGGACUAUUUAUUCGGUCACUGUGCCUGUUAGGAGGGUGAAAGCAGAGUACCAGGAGGUGGACGAGGUUGGAUCUAUUUCUAAUUACAAAGAUACGCUUGAUGGUUCUGUGGAUGUCAGGUUCGAUUUUUAUGUUCCAGAGUAAGAUGUUAGAGAGUUAUGUUCUUGAACUGUGUAUUGUUUGUGUCUGUUUUUCGUGUUGAUGUUCUUUAAGUUUUAGUCUGUGAGGGAACAAAGAAAGUUUCUUUGACACUCCUAUUGUAUAUACACAUAUGCAACUUCUUACUUCAAAGUUUUAACUAUGUUAGUUUGUGUUGGUC